CAUCAGAGUGGAUCUCCUCUGGCGCUGAUGGUCAUCGUGUGCGUUGUUUUGCUCUCAGAAGUUGGGAUUAUUUUCGAACAUAUUUUAACAGAUAAGAAUUUAAAGAGCACAUAAAGUUUCUUUUAGUUGCGCCUGAUUUGGGAAAUGCAUAAAAGUGAGUUUCCCAGAAGCAGCGGAGGAACACAGCGGCGGCAGUGCGGAGGCUGAACGCGGGACACCAGAGGACUCCAGGCAGACAGGCUGGAGCUGUGAAGUGGACCUGAGUGGACCACAAGAGUGGAGGGCAUCUCUACGGAACAGUCUACUUUGGCCCGGGAAGAAGAACCAGCACCUGCUGGGAGCUUUACUGCUGUAGUCCCUUCACAUCUACAGAAUGGGCAACCUUUCCUCCAAAGAUGGAAACCAUGGACCCACAGGCCCUCACACUGACAGCUUCCAUACUCCUCCGGGUUCACCUCAAGGAGAAGGCCCGUCUCUGAAAUCCAGUGCUCCUUCUUCUUCACCGACCUCCGCUAGUCCACUUUCAUCUCCAUUGACUCCACUUUUCCACACACCCAGCGGGAAAAAGACCCACUCAGCAGCCCUCUCAUCUCCUGCCAGCUCUCCUCCUCCACCACCACCUGAACGGAAGCCUCACUCUCCUGUUCAAUACAAUACCUCAAAUGCAUUUCACCGCAAGUCAGGAAGUAAUGCAGGAACCAAGGGACAAAUCACUUCAAGUAGAAAUGGCACUCAACAGACUUCUACCCCAAAAACUGCAGUCCCACAGGAGGACGGUGGGGAUCAUGGACCCUCCAAGAUCCCCUCAUCUCCAACGGCUAGGGUCUCUCCGGAUAAGGCCUGGAAAGAGGAGGACAGUGGGGUGAGCCAGUCUCCGCAGCAGGUUACAGAAGCCGGGGACACGCAGGAGGAAGACCUGCGCGGACUUCUGGAAGAGUGUAGGACGACUCUGGGUUUGGCUACUAAUCAGGAUGGAGCCAUAAGCACAACAGAGGCACUGAGGCAUCUACUAUCAGAAGUGAAAAGCUUGAAACACUCCCUGCAGAGUGAGCGUGGAGAGUGGUUGCAGUUCCAGGCUGACCUCCAGGUGGCGGUGUCAGUGGCGGAUCGAUUGCGUGCGGAGGCAGAGGAGGAGUUGGCGGCUCUUCGGACUGCCCAUAAGGACAUGGAGCGGGAACUCGCCGCGGCUCAACAACGGCAGAAAGAUGCAGACCUGCAGCUGCUGACUCUGAGAGGAGAGCUGAAGGAGAGCAGGCAGAGGCUAGCAGGAAUCACCCCUACAUCUGAGACCAAUGAUACUAUUCACAAUGUAGAUAAAAGCAGCGCUAAUAAGUGUGAUCAGAAAGAGGAGACUCCAAGGGGGAGGGACAGGGCCGCACACAGGCUGGGAGGUGAAUGCAGAGACACUGGAAAUGACAAUGAAAACUCCAAACAGGAAGAAGGGCCAAGAAGAGAUGUGACCAAGAGGUACCUGAAAAAUGUGACCAAUGAGGAGCGAAGUGGAGAGGAAGUCCACAGUGAGACCAGGAGGCCCCUAACCACAGAAAGGUCAAGGAGCUUGUCCAGAUUACCAGCGUCAGCAGAGUUCUCUACUACUCAGAACAGAAAUUCUCAAUCAAAUACUAUUUCAACAUCUGGGUCUACAAACAAGAAUCUAGUGCAACUAAAAGGCAGGAGAAGUUUGGACUGGCAAGACAACAAAAGCUCAGAUAAAGGAAAGCGUGAGGAGUCUUUGAAUAAGUACAACUCUGCCCUCGCUGAUCUGCCUCCCACUAAGUCACAGGACGGCUUCAAUCUGCUGCUGCGUCGCCAUGGAGGCUCCAAAAGGAACUCACUGCUUCGCUGGUGCCAAAAUCGAACUCAAGGCUAUAAGAAUAUUGACAUUACCAACUUCAGCAGCAGCUGGGCCGACGGUCUGGCCUUCUGUGCCAUCUACCACACUUACCUGCCCUCACACAUCCCCUACAACAGCCUCAGCCCAGAAAACAAGAGGGAAAACCUCAGCCUGGCAUUCAAAACAGGGGAGAGUGUGGGGAUAGAGCCCACUUUGACUUUGGAGGAGAUGCUCAGAGUGGGUGGUCCAGACUGGCAGAGGGUCCUGAGCUAUGUGGAGAGUGUGUACCGACACUUUGAAAUGUGAUGGAGGUACUCUCCUCGGGACUCGUAAUGUGGAAUGAUCAAAGCAAACGCAUCUAGGACUGUGUGAUUUUUUUUAUUUUUUUUUAUUUUUUUUUUAGGAUUACUUGGAAAAAAGGAGACAUUUUGUCUCCAUCAAUACACAGUGAAUGUUACCCCAGUGUUAUGCCUGCAUACAAAUUAGAUAUUUUCUUGAAAUGAAUGUAAAAAAGAAAUAUUUUUUUGCAAAACUCAAAUCACAUUCAAGUUAAUAUUUUUGCAUUUUCUUGCCAUGCACAUGCGCAUUUUCUUGCCAUGCACGGAUCAUAUUAACAUAAAAUGACAUUUUGCAUUUUGUUGCAAAGCAUAAUGUGUAGCUUUCAUAAAGUUUCAAAAAGACUGAAUACUAAAUGUGCUAAAGUUCCAGCAACCGUUUUAUGUAGUGUUGGUUGCAGUAAUCGUCUUCACACUGACACCUCACUGACAGAAAGUACUGUAUCCCAGCAUGCCUUUCUUCAAUUCAGUUGGCAGUUUUCCUUUUCAUGUUAUGUUUGAAACUUUAACCUCUGUCUUUCACUUCCAUCCUGUAAAUAUGCACUUACAUCAGCACUUUGUUGUUAGAAUGUAUCAAUAAUAAUCUGCUGUAGUGGGCAUUCAAGACAAAACUCUUUUACAUAAUAACAGUCACACAGACAUAAGUGAAACUUGUUAAGUGACUGAAUUAUGUUCUUGUGAAUACUACAUACCACUGGUUUGACAUUGCACACACUGAAAGAUUUGGAGCCAAUGCAAAUGCCUGACCUGGAGGCUUGUAUGUUUCAUUUGAACAUCUCUUGUUUCACAAGCAUCAUCAGAUACAAAUUAAUUCCACUAUGUCAGUACUAAUAUGUGCCAAAAUAAGUGUGAAUUUAUUACUGUAUAUUUUAUGUAACUAGUGUAAAAAUACCAAAGUAAUAAAAUAUUAAAGUUAAAACCA